UUUUUAAUCCAAGGAAAAGGUGGGGAACUUUCAUAGACGUACUUUUCAUUCUUUUAUACUGUUUGAAAAUAGCAACGCAAAUAUAGAAGAAGUCAGUCAACUUGAAGGUUUCCAUAAUGGCGGCCUUCUUGCAUUAUCUAAUCGAGGGAAAAUGAGUUGAUGAUCAGUCCAUUUCCAAUUCAUUUGUGCUGGUUUGACUCUCAUCUUUUCAUUGCAAGAAUUGAGCAAUCCUCUCAUGUCAUCAAUUCAGUGGGUGGCAAGGAAAUAAACAGCUUUUCUAGGCGAACUUCAAUCAACUUGUUCUUUCCUUCGCAGAAGAAUUUCAUCUAUGGAUAUUGUGUCUCCUCUGAUUGGCAUGGUUCACAGCUUGUGCAUUUCUGCUGCUGCAAGGUUGAGCUAUGUUGUUAAUGUGGAUCAAAGGAUUGACUCCCUCUCAACAGCACUAAAUGAAUUGAAGGACAAAAGGGAUGACUUGAAGAGAAAGGUUGAGCGAGCUGAGGUGGAGGGAUUAACCUGCACAAGCCAAGUCAAAGGGUGGCUACAAAGAGUUGAAGAUAUCGAAGCUGAAUCUAUUACUGGAGCAUUAUUUACUGGAAAAUGUAGCUCUGACAGGAGAGAGCAAAUCCAGCUGAUUUCUGCUGCUGUGUCAGCUACCGCGCGAUAUUCUGCUUCAGUGGAAGAACGGGCGAGAAGGCAUGGACUGAAGGUGGUGAAUGACGAUGUAGUAGCAGACAUUCUUGUACAGUGCCUUGCAGAUAGCGUGGUCGGAUCAUCCAUCGGAACACCCAUGUGCAAUGUCAAGGUGCAGCCAGGAGGCAGAGGUGUAGAAGUAGGUUUUGCAAGAGCCAUAUUGUUGCGUUGUAGGAGAGCACCACCUGGGGUCACGAGUGGCUUGGGCAAGGGUGGUUGGUUCUGUGAUGUCACAGUGGACACGGUAGGCAGGGAAGAUGUUGUUGAUUGGGUUGCAGGUAUUGGUGUUGGUGGAAUGAUAAUUGGCGGAGGAAAUGUGGCAUUGAUAGUGCAGAUAUCAGGCGCAGCCGAUGAAGAAUUUCGCAAUAACCAAGGUAUGGCCUUGGUGUCGGCCGACUACUAUUAUGUGUGGGUGGAGCAGAAUGAAACUGAUUUGGACCUGUGUGGCAGAGGCUUCAAACAUCAAGAGCUUUUCAUGAAGCUCAUCAAAGCUUAUGGCAUUCUCCCUGGCUUGCACAGCCCUUACCAGUUCUCGUCAAGCUCCAUCAUUGAAGAUCUUGAACAGAGAAGACGAUGCUGUGUGGGCUGCAAUGCUUGCUGUUCAACAUACAAGCUCAGCAAGAAAGCUUCGAAGCUGCUAAACAGAGCUAAUGAACUGAUUGGAAAAGGAGCUUUUAAUGUCGUCGCCGAUGACCCAAUUCCUGAUGCUGUUGAGGAGAUGCCGAGUAGGCCAGCUGUCGGACUCGAUAUGAUGUUAGAAAGAGCUCGACAAUUUCUGGCAGAGGAUGGAGUUGGAACAGUUGGAAUUUAUGGAAUGGGGGGAGUCGGGAAGACAACUCUCUUGAAGACUAUUAACAACGAAUUUCUCACCAAACGCCACCAUUUUGAUGUAGUAAUAUGGGUUGGGGUCUCAAAAGAAUUUGUUGCCGAUAAAAUCCAAAGGGCUGUUGGGGCCAGGUUAGGUUUGCCGUGGGAAGAAUUGGAAAGCCACGAGCAACGAGCACUGAAAAUACAUAAACUUAUGAAAAGGAAAAAGUUCCUCCUUUUGUUAGAUGAUGUCUGGGAGGGAAUUGAUCUUCCGAAGUUGGGAAUCCCUGUUCCAGAGAAAACAAGCAAAGUGAUAUUCACAACACGUUCAUUGGAUGUGUGUACUGGCAUGUAUGCUGAUCAGAAGCUGAGAGUGGAAUUCUUGGGUGAAGAAGACUCGUGGAAACUCUUCUGCGAGAAUGUUGGGGAAAAGGAGAUUUUUGAUUCAGAAACUAUUCGGGCGUAUGCUGAGACCAUUGUGAGAAAAUGCGGAGGCUUGCCGCUUGCCUUGAUCACAAUUGGAAAAGCCAUGGCCAAUAAAGAGACUGAAGAGGAAUGGAAGUAUGCAAUUGAGGUAUUGAACAGAUCUCCUUCUGAACUUCGAGGCAUGGAUGUAUUUUCUCUUCUAAAGUUCAGCUAUGACAAUCUGGAGACUGAUGCGCUGAGGUCAUGCUUCUUAUACUGUUCCCUGUUCCCUGAAGACUACUCUAUCGAGAAAGAGCAGCUUAUAGAGUACUGGAUUGGGGAAGGAUUUCUAGGCAGUUUCCAUGCUAGUUAUGUGUAUAAUCAGGGACAUGCUCUAAUUGGUUCUCUUAAAGUUGCAUGCCUGCUUGAAACCGGCGAAGAGAAAACUCAAGUGAAGAUGCAUGAUGUAGUCAGGAGUUUUGACUUAUGGAUAGCUUCAAAAUGUGGAUCGAACAAUCAGUUUCUGGUGAAGGCCAGUACAGGGCUGACCGAAGCACCCAGAGCUGAUCAUUGGAAACAUUCACUGCGAAUUUCAUUGUUUGAUAAUGGAAUAACGACACUAGCAGAGAUUCCCGAGUGCCCCAGAUUGUCAACCUUGUUGCUCCAAUGGAACAGUGGUUUGAACAGGAUUCCAAUUACCUUUUUCCACUUUAUGCCUGCUUUAAGAGUCCUGGAUUUGUCGUUUACCAGUCUUAGAGAGAUUCCAGUAUCCAUCAAUGAGUUAGUUGAGUUGCGGCAUCUUGAUUUGUCAGGGACAAAGAUAACUUCAUUGCCUAAAGAGCUUGGAGAUUUGGCCAAGUUGCAGCAUUUGGAUCUGCAGCGAACACAUUCUCUUAGAAUAAUUCCACAAGAAGCUAUAUCAGGACUUCUGCAAUUGCGAAUUUUGAAUGUAUAUUACAGCUAUGGAGUUUGGGAACAGCAGGAUAAUGAAGUUGGAUUUGCAGACUUGCAAUCCUUGAAGUAUCUUACCACACUUGGUAUCACUAUUAAUGAAUUGAAUACCCUGAAGAGGCUCUAUAGUUUCAGCGGCUUACUAAAAGUAAUACAGUAUCUUUACAUUAAACAAUGUGAUGGCUUAUUUUACUUGCAACUGUCAUUGAAUUCCAGUUUUGGCGAAAGGUUGAGAAGGCUUAGCAUCAAUAACUGUUAUGACCUGCAGUACUUGCAAGUUGAUGAAGAGGCUGGUAAAAAAUGGUUGCCCAGCCUGGAGGUUGUGGCGUUACAUGGCCUUCCCAACUUGGAAACAGUGUGGAAGAAUCCGGUGACUCGGGAAUGUCUGCAGAAUCUUCAAUCUAUAAAUAUCUGGCACUGCCGCAAGUUGAGGAAUGUUUCCUGGGUUUUACAACUUCCAAAGCUAGAGGUGAUUUACUUAAUGUACUGCGAAGAAAUGGAAGAAGUUGUCAGCAGGAGUGGGAUACCAAGGGAAGAUUCGAAGGCAUUUCGAAGCCUUCGAACUCUGUCUAUCCGCAACCUGCCAAAACUAAGGAGUAUUACUCCAUGGGAACUGGCUUUCCCUUCCUUGGAGAGCAUUGCAGUAAUUGAUUGCCCUAACCUGAAACAGCUAUCGAUCAAAACUCACAACACCUCAACUUUACCAACUGUAUAUGGAAACAAGGAAUGGUGGGAUGAGCUUGAAUGGAAGGAAGCAAGCAGCGAAACUGCUUUCGUUCCACACUUCAUGCCAAUUUGAUCCUUCCGGCUGUCAUUUUAGGUAUGUUCUACGUCAAGCGAAAAAAACUAGUAUCAUGUCCAAUUUAUGUAGAAUACGGAGUUGAGUUAGUAUAAAUACAUGAAUCUCAGGUAUAAAAAGAACUUACGAUUAUUUGAGAAUUUA